GCCUUUAACAAUCAUGACGAAAAUAGGUUUCUGUGUUUUUUUGAGAAUUUAUAUAAUCAGGGUUAUGACUAUCGAAAUCGUCAGUUGCUAAAUUUGCUGCGUUAGAAUGGAAGUUGCAGUUUUUUGUAUUGUACUUGCUUGUGUGACUGCGGGUUGGGCUUGGCCGCCUAUAGGACCCAAAGACCUGUCUCUGCCUGUUCCUCCGCCGUGCAAACUUAAAAUUCCACCAUGGAAAAAUCCUGAACUUUGUAGCGAGGAGAAAAAGUCUAAAUGUUUUCCGAGAACUUGCAUCUUUACAAUAACGAAGGGAUACAUUUACAAAAAUGGAAAAAAGAAGGAGGUCAAAAUUGCAAGGACGGAAAAGAUAAAAGUUGUUGAAUGUCGGGACUAUCUGGAUAAAUGCGACGCCAAGUUUUUAUUCUCGUGUAGAUGUCAACAUAUGGGGAAAAAAAUCUUUAAAUUCUUGUAUGUCGCAAAGAAAAUUAAAGGAAGAUGGAAAUCUAUUAGAACUUUGGUUCAAGUCAAUAUUCCUGAUGGAUGCAUAUGUGCCUCACCGCUCAUUGUCGAGAUAGAUUGAACACGGAGUCAUAAAUUAAAUACCAGACGAACGCAGAUAAAGUGUCAAAAUUAUACGCUGAAAAUAAAUUUAUCUUUGCAGCAAUAAACAUUGUUAUUUUUGUUUCACGCUGAAACUGUAUCAGUUAGAUAUAUUAUCUUAUUUAAAUCGUCAAAUGGGUUUUUGCCUAACAUAUUAAGCAGAAUUUCAUAUUUUCCGUUGAUUGUGACUU